AGUUUCCAAUCUAUAUCUACGGCUAAUAUAUGAAGACUAGCAAUAUGGUAGGGUAUUCUGCAAUUAAGCCCAAGUAUUUACACUGCUUUAGGAGUUUGGAGAGGUGGGAUUCUCGUGGAUUGUAAGUACAGGCCAUGCUGCAGAGGAAGAAACAGCUGAAGAUUGCAGAAGAGAAGAAGAUGAAGGGGGAGAAAGCUAAGGUCAUUGAGUACAAGGUCAACAUGUGGAUUGAGGAAAGAACAACUAAGGAGCAGGAAUCGAGAAAAGCCAACUGGAGGCUAGAGAAGACAAAGAAACAACUUGAAGCAGAAGAGAAGAGGGGAGUCCAGGAGAAAGCAAAGGCCAAGCUGCAGAGGGAGAAACAGCUGAAGGUGGAAAAAGCUAAGGUCAUUGAGGUCAAGGUCAACAUGUGGAUUGAGGAAAGAACAACUAAGGAGCAGGAAUCGAGAAAAGCCAACUGGAGGCUAGAGAAGACAAAGAAACAACUUGAAGCAGAAGAGAAGAGAGGAGUCCAGGAGAAAGCAAAGGCCAAGCUGCAGAGGGAGAAACAGCUGAAGAUUGCAGAAGAGGAGAAGAUGAAGGUGGAGAAAGCUAAGGUCAUUGAGGUCAAGGUCAACAUGUGGAUUGAGGAAAGAACAACUAAGGAGCAGGAAUCGAGAAAAGCCAACUGGAGGCUAGAGAAGACAAAGAAACAACUUGAAGCAGAAGAGAAGAGGGGAGUCCAGGAGAAAGCAAAGGUGAGUGUUAAAGGGGAAGUCCACCCUGAUAUUAAGUUGCUUUUAAUAAAAGCAGGAAAAUGAGAGAAACAGGUCAGUGAAAG